AUGAAGGCAACAAUCGAAAGUGAUGACGCUAAGGAAGAUAAGGUGGAGGCGCCUAGCGACGGCCCGGGCUACCCUGUGGGGACCACACUGGUGGCACGCUGGAUGGGCAAGACGGAGCGACCAUGUGUCGUGAUCGAGCGCACGGCGCUGAGCAACGAUCGGUUCAAAUACUACGUGCACUGGCAUGAUUUCAAUCGCCGUAUGGACGAAUGGAUCAACGAGCACGAGAUCGUGCGCCGAGGCACCGACCAAGAGACGCUCGAGCUGCAGGAGAAAGACGCCAAAGAGAAGGAGAAGGAGCAGCGCGCCAAGAGCCGCAGCAAGAGCAACGCAGCCGGUCCUGGAGACAAGAAGCAAGGAGAACCCGCAGCUUCAAGUCCAGAUCCCUCCUCUCGUACUCGAGGACAGAAGCGGAAGACGCCAGAUGAUCAGGAUUUCACCCCUCAAGAAGAAGAACAUGACGAACACGAAGGCAUGGACGCCGCCAGCAUUCGAGAGCACGAGGAGGUCACUAAAGUCAAGAAUGUGAGGUUCGUGGAGAUGGGACGCUUUCGCAUGGCAGCUUGGUACUUCUCUCCGUUCCCGAAGGAGUAUUAUCCUGAUGGGUCGAUCGAUUGUCUGCACUUCUGCGAGUUCUGCAUGGCAUUUUUCCGCUUCAAACGAGAGCUCAAAUUGCACCAAGAGCGUCGAGUGUGCAACCGCCACCCGCCAGGCAACGAAAUCUACCGACACGAACAUCUGAGCGUUUUCGAGGUGGAUGGCGCGAUUUCCAAAGUUUACUGCCAGAAUCUCUGCUACUUCGCCAAAUUGUUUCUGGACCACAAGACGCUUUACUACGACGUGGACCCGUUCCUGUUUUACAUUAUUUGUGAAAUCGACUCGCGCGGUUUCCACCCCGUGGGUUAUUUCUCCAAGGAAAAGUACUCCGAGCUGGGGUACAACCUGGCUUGUAUCCUUACGUUCCCAUGCCAUCAACGCAAAGGUUACGGCCACUUUAUCAUCCAGUUCUCCUACGAACUGAGCAAGAAAGAAGAGAAGGUGGGAUCGCCGGAAAAGCCUCUGUCGGAUCUUGGACUCGUGAGUUAUCGCAGCUACUGGACGCGCGAACUCUUGCGUAUUCUACAGGAUUAUCCGGAAAAGGAAGUAUCGAUCAUGGAGCUUACUCGGAUGACAUCUAUCAAGAACGAGGACAUUAUCGCGACGCUGCAGCACCUCAACAUGAUCAAGUACCUAGGCGGACAGUACGUGUACGUGGUUCCAAGACAGAUCGUGGACGCGCACCUGACAAAGCUGACGAAGAAGGGUCCACAGGUCGUUCCGGAGAAGCUGCACUGGGCUCCGCUGCACCUGGACAUCAAACGCGACAAGUGGUCGCUAAAAGCAAUGACAGCAGACAAGGAGGAUUAG